ACUUAGUACUACUCAAAAUUACAAAGAGAAAUUAAGCUUCCUACGUCGUUUACUUCAACGAUUCGUAUACAUUAUUAUACAACACUAGCUAUUUGUAGAUUUUGCUGUAAAUUUUCUGUGCUCUGAACUUUAGUACUUUAGAGUAAAUUAAAAUGGCCGGAUCAGCCACCAUGCAGUCCGUUGUGGCUAGCUCACUUACAUAUGCUGCUACCAAAAAUAGAAUCGGUAGCCACUUUCGUCCAACUACUGUAGAUUUUCCUAGGAUGUACAGGAAUAAUACCCAUUUGACCAUGAGAGUUGUUAGAUGCAUGGCCGAGGAUGGUCAAAAGGAGCCGUUAACGCCUAUUACAGAGUCAACGCCACCACAACCAAAGCCAGCGUCGCCCUCUCCCCCUCCAAAGCCUAAGGUGAGCACGAGUUUCACAGACGUGUUGGCAUUCAGUGGUCCAGCACCAGAAAGGAUCAAUGGUAGGUUAGCAAUGGUUGGGUUCAUGGCUGCAAUGGCAGUGGAGCUAUCGAAGGGUCAAGAUGUAUUUGCUCAGAUAAGCAACGGUGGUAUGUCGUGGUUCGUGGGAACUAGUAUAGUCCUCACAUUGGCUUCACUAAUUCCUCUGUUCAAAGGGGUCAGUGUGGAGUCCAAGUCCAGUGGGCUUAUGACCUCCAACGCUGAGCUUUGGAACGGGCGGUUCGCCAUGUUAGGCUUGGUUGCACUGGCCUUCACUGAAUACGUCAAGGGCGGGACCCUUAUCUAAGCACUUUUCGCUUUUCGUUUUUGGCUUGGAAGCAUUUGUUAACGCAAAAAUGAUGUAAAGCUUCUUAUGUAAUUCCAAAAAUUAGCAAUAAAUCAUUAAACACCUACUAUUUAUCAUAUAA